AUGGUGGCUUCGCAUUCGACCGGAGUCUUCUUCACAGGGGUCCCUCUAUUUGUGGAGCCGCAAAGCCUUCGAAAGCAUUUUGAGAGCGUUGGCCACAUCACCGACUUUCGCCUUUUGGGCCCGGCACCAGGAAGGGACUUCCGCUACGGUUUUGCCGACUACCUGGACGUCACCAGCGCAGAGGAGGCUAUUCAGCGGCUCAAUGGCACCUCCUUCGGCGAACGCACGAUGAAGGUCACGUCGGCGGCAAACUCGCGAUCUAGAAAGCGCAGUCGCCAGCAUGUGCACACACAUGAGCCACCGGUGCGUGGCGGAAUGGUGUUCCCACGCGGCUAUGUUGACCCCUUGCUGGGUCGCGACGACAACAAUGUAUUGGAAUGCUUGCAGCGCAUGCCUGUAGCGGACGCUUACGAGGCGGUCGAACAACUCCGCGUGUUGGUGUUAGAGCGGAAGGACGAGGCGCGGAAGCUGCUUGAUAGUUGUCCAGCGCUCCGGCUAGCCGUCGUGAUGAUUCUGCAGCAUGCAGGACGUCUGCCGUACGGUCCGCUUCCGCUUGAAGCGGUGCGGCGCACGGACGCUCGGCCUGUCAACGCGGCCCCAACGACGGCGGAGGAGGAUACUGCAGAAAAGAAGGCUGAACCCACGGAGGAGGAACGCGACGAGGUGAUUGAAAUUCUGACAAAGCUCAGUGAGGAGGAUGUGGAGCGCAUUGUCACUAUGAGUGAGGAGGAUCUUGAUCGCAUUCCUGACCUUGUACAGAGGCAGCAGAUGUCCGUGCUACGGGCCCGAUUGUUGGAUAUGGCAGGCAACCUUGAAUGA